GAGAGCACCAGCCUGGCCACGCUGGUGUCAGACGUGGUGGCACGCGCCACCAGCACCAGCGAGGUGCUCACGCUCAACCUCACCAACCUCAUCAUCCUCAUCGUCAUCAAGGCCAUCGUCAUCGUGUUCGGCAUGUUCGCGUUCGGCGGCGGGUUUGGCAGCCUCUUCGGCGGCGGUUUCGGCAGGUCGGCCGACGCGAGCCCCAGCGACUCGUGGCUGGAUCGCGAGGACCUGCUGCUGAUGCUGACGUACCUGCUCAGCUCUGACGGCAGCGACAACUACGAGUGCCUGAACAGGGUGGCCUGCGAGCAGCCCGACAGGGCGGCUCAGUACAUCAACGCCGGGAAGCUCCUCCUCGGCGGAGCCAAAAUGGCCGACAAGAUCAUCACCGUGAGUCCGGAGAAGUACACGAACGUGCUGCACGGCAUGCAGAAGGCAGUGUACCACGGCCAAAGCGGCGGCGUCUGCAGUCUGCGCUACAAGUGCUCCCGGCACUGACGUCGUUGCGACUUCACUGACCUCAGGUUGAUGGUGUCGUGAUGACGUCACUGACCUCAGGUCGCGUCAGGGGAGGGAGUUCUCAGCGGAGUGGCUCAACUCAGUCAGCGGGACACUGGGGACACUAAGGUGGUAUUUGGAAGCCGGCAGAAGCCUGAGCCGCCUGACAAGGUGCUGUUGUUGAAAAACAGCGCAAAAUAUCUCAAUGUAUGCUCCAAGCGCCCAGACCAUGAAUUUGCUGCUAAAUUGACAAAGAGUUAAAGUGAGGACAAGGGACUACGAUCAUGAAUCAUCUCGGAUCAGCCCCAGGUAAAUUUGAACCCUUCAAACCGAUAUUUUACUGGCAAGUGUCAUGAAAUUGGUGACAAAAAUACAAAUAUCCUGUUCAUUGUUCAGUGUAAUUAACGUAGAAUCUACUUUCAAACGACAAACAUUGUAAAUACUGCA